AUGUCCUAUUUUAUCGUCAAUAAAUUGAUUGAUUUGAUUGUAGAUGUUCCCCGAUAUGCUGGCUGCCAGGAAAGCUACAGUGGUGGCGGGAUAUCCUAUGGUGUCGUCACUAUCUACCCAAAGCAAUACCCAAACGGUUUGGCUGUAACCUGCAAACAGUCGUUCAUUGUGAUUCAGAAUCGUAAAGAUGGAUCGGUGAAUUUCACCCGUAGCUGGGCCGAGUACCGAGACGGCUUCGGUGAUCUGACGGGGGAGUUCUGGCUGGGCAACGAGAUAGUACGCCAGCUGACCUCGGAAGGCACUUGGGAACUACGUUUUUCACUGAAAGGAGAUAAGAGCUCUGGUACUUCCCGUUUUCGACAAGUCCAGAUCUUGGGUGACGACUACAUUUUGAAUACGGAUUAUAGGAGUCUAUCAGGCCAGCCGUUCUCAACCUACGAUCGCGACAAUGACGCCGAUGGCAACGCCAAUUGUGCCGCUCAGCUGAAGGGAGGCUGGUGGUUCAAGACUUGUACUGGAGGAGUCGGGAAUGUGGAUCUCGUGCCGACUAACCUGAAUGGGGAGUAUUCCUAUCCCGUCAACUCCACGGGGCAAGAUUACCGCGGUAUGAGGUGGCCUUCUUCUUGGUUAUCUGUAGGGCAAAUAGUGUCCAGCUCCAUUUGGUUGUAUCGAGUGCCGUAAACGGGCAUCUAAGCCCAGGCCUUUUCCUAUCUCACCCAUCCGCGCCGUUCAAAAUCCCUUUCGAACCCUGAAAUCCAAGUUUUCAAUA